AUGACGUGCGGGUGCACGUGCAGCGGCAGCACGCCUGGAGCACUGCGCAAGGGUUCUCAGCGUUACGUACCGAUGACUUGCGGGUGCACGUGCAGCAGUAGCACGCCUGGCGCACUGCACAAGGGUUCUCAGCGUAACGUACCGAUUACGUGUGGGUGCACGUGCAGCGGCAGUGCGCCUGGCGCACUGCGCAAGGGUUCUCAGCGUUACGUACCGAUGACGUGCGGGUGCACGUGCAGCGGCAGCACGCCUGGCGCACUGCGCAAGGGUUCUCAGAGUUACGUACCGAUGACUUGCGGGUGCACGUGCAGCGGCAGCACGCCUGGCGCACUGCGCAAGGGUUCUCAGCGUUACGUACCGACGACGUGCGGGUGCACGUGCAGCGGCAGCACGCCUGGCGCACUGCGCAAGGGUUCUCAGCGUUACGUACCAAUGACGUGCGGGUGCACGUGCAGCGGCAGCACGCCUGGCGCACUGCGCAAGGGUUCUCAGCGUUACGUACCGAUGACCUGCGGGUGCACGUGCAGCGGCAGCAAGCCUGGCGCACUGCGCAAGGGUUCUCAGCGUUACGUACCGAUGACGUGUGGGUGCACGUGCAGCGGCAGCACGCCUGGCGCACUGCGCAAUGGUUCUCAGCGUUACGUACCGAUGGGUUCUCAGCGUUACGUACCGAUGACGUGUGGGUGCACGUGCAGCGGCAGCACGCCUGGCGCACUGCGCAAGAGUUCUCAGCGUUACGUACCGAUGACUUGCGGGUGCACGUGCAGCGGCAGCACGCCUGGCGCACUGCGCAUGGGUUCUCAGCGUUACGUACCGAUGACUUGCGGGUGCACGUGCAGCGGCAGUACGCUUGGCGCACUGCGCAAGUUUCUCAGCGUUACGUACCGAUGA